UUUAACCCUUUGUGCGCCCGCCCCGAACGCUUUUUUCGCUCUAGCUUGGGCUCAAGCGGAGUUUCUCAGCGCCUGUGAGAUGCCGGCUGGGGGAUUCUGGGAGCUGCGGUGCACAAGCCUUAAAGCCCCCUGGAGUCGAUGCCCUCCAUCCAGCAGGGCUUAGCGCCUGCGACCGCCUCUCUUCGCUGCCAGAGCCUGCGAGGGUCCCCGGGCUCGAAGGUUCCUUUGCUCGGCGAGGAUCGGACAGCUCCGGCUCGCGCGGCAGUCAAGACCGCCCGCCGCAGUUGCGAAAGUUGCGAAACAGCCCGUCCCUUAGGGAGCCCCGCCUCUCGGUCGUGGCGCAUGCGCAGCGCGGGGCUGGGAACCGCCUCGGACCACAACUCCCGUCAUCCCGCGGGAGCCGCCGCGUCCCGGCGCGCGCGUCUCGGCCCCGCCCCGCGCUGGUGCCCGCCCCCCCGCCCGUUCCCCCCCCGCCCGUCAGUCGGCGGCGGCGGCGAAGAUGGCGAAGACCUACGACUACCUCUUCAAGCUGCUGCUGAUCGGCGACUCGGGCGUGGGCAAGACCUGCCUGCUCUUCCGCUUCAGCGAGGACGCCUUCAACACCACCUUCAUCUCCACCAUCGGAAUUGACUUUAAAAUCAGAACAAUAGAACUGGAUGGGAAGAAAAUCAAACUGCAAAUAUGGGACACCGCAGGCCAGGAGAGAUUCCGCACCAUCACAACAGCCUAUUACAGGGGGGCCAUGGGGAUAAUGCUGGUUUAUGAUAUCACCAAUGAAAAGUCUUUUGACAACAUUAAGAACUGGAUCAGGAACAUAGAAGAGCACGCUUCUUCGGAUGUGGAAAGGAUGAUCCUGGGCAACAAAUCUGACAUGAAUGAGAAAAGGCAAGUUUCAAAGGAAAAAGGAGAAAAGUUAGCAAUUGACUACGGCAUCAAAUUUCUGGAAACCAGUGCAAAGUCCAGCAUCAAUGUGGAAGAGGCUUUCUUCACCCUUGCACGGGACAUUAUGACAAAGCUCAACAAAAAAAUGAACGACAACAUUUCGGCAGGUGCAAGCGGGCCCGUGAAAAUCACAGAGAGCCGGUCAAAGAAGAGCAGCUUCUUUCGAUGCUCGCUGCUUUGAUGAACUUCUCCUCAGAGACUGCAGCAUACCUAGAACAAAAAAAAAAUACCUUUUCCUGCUUCUCUGAAAGCACAGGCUCCCCCAGCCUCAGAGCUGUUACCGCCCGGCUGCUGCUGAGGGCUCUGCUUGGACCUAGAAUGGGCUAAACCGAGAGAAUGGAUGGGACUCUCUCCGUUGGCCGCCAUCGCCAGCCUCCCCACUCCGAGACAUGGAAGCUGUGAAGUUGAGAAACUCCCACAUGCCGGAGCUCCGUUUCCUUCCUUCCUUCCUUCCUUCCUUCCUCUUUCUUUCUUUCUUUCUUUCUUUCUUUCUUUCUUUCUUUCCCUCUCUCUCUCUCUCUCUCUCUCUCUCUCUCUCUCUCUCUUUCUUUCUUUCUUUCUUUCUUUCUUUCUCUGCCUGCUUCAAAAACUGCUGAGUAUUUUCUUUGCACAUCUCUGUUAGUCCUUGGUUGAAAGUUAGGGCCAGGUCAUUAGAGGCACAGGGUACUUGGUUGGUGGGCUAGUCUUGGAGGCCUCCUUGCAGGCUUGGUCCGUUUCCUUUUUUUCUUUUCAGCAACCACAAACCUCUUUGUUUAUCAAGGGCUGACCCUGCCCACCCCAGGGACAGCUGGGGCCUCUAGGGCUGGGCGGGGAUGGGGUGGGGGGAGGCUUUGCUACCUGAGACAGCAGCCCACCCUCCUGGUGCAGAUUGUUGACCUGCAGUCCAGAAGGGAGGCUGGCUGGAAGACCCCCGGGCUCCGUGGCCUCGGAAGGGGAACUGCUACUGGUGGGAAAUGGGGGUACACGUAGGGUGGGCACACAUUCUGAAUCUUUUCCCCCCAGGGAUGCCACCAUAAUGUGGAUGUGGAACACCCAAACCACUUAAAAGCUCCUGUGGGGCUCGGAUGGUUUAACAAAUACACAAUCCUGUGUAGGUCAAGAUAAGUUUGCUUGUCUGACAGCAGGAUGUCCCUUUUGUGGGUCCUGACUGUCCCCCUCGCCCUUCACUGCAUUUCCCUCGUUCCUUAAUCUGGCUCUGCGAAGGCUUGGGGUCUGUUUCCAAGCAUCUGGUUGAACCCAGGACCCAGUUUUCCUCCCUUCAUUAAGUGGGGUGGCUCUCUGAACGCCAAGAGAGGAUGCCCACCUGGCAGGUGCAACCUGGGCCCCUGUCAAAAGGAAGCAAUGACUCCAUGAGGACUUUCCUUGGGUCAGCGAUCACUGAAGCUGAGCUGCCUUUUCCUUUCCAGGCAACCGGGCUCCUCUAAAUGGGUGCUUUACUUUUAUUGACGUGCCAAACCAACGCUCUGUGUGGGGCAACUCCUGGCUUCACCGCUUCCCGCCACCCCCGGGAGGAAAGCGCUGCCUUCCUGCCAGUCCACUCUGUUCACCUGACAGUAUUUCAUUCUUGAGCCCUGAGUCUUAUUUGGGGACACCUGGCGCAGGUGAGCCAUCUUGGCGGGUCUUGCUGUCUUCAGAAACGGCUGCGAUGCCCUUGUGUGAUUCAGCAUAUGGGCAGAGUUGGCCUCAUCCCCACUUCAACCCAAGGGGUGCAAAGUGCUUUCUUUGAGGUGGGGGGGGCUGCACCCACAGGGCAUGCCCCCCCAAGCCCUCCUGAUUGUAGACCCCUUUGGCAUUGUCGUGAAACUCAAACCCGUCGUGCCCGUUGCGUCUUUCCUUCCCUCGGCUUUCCUCUUGGUCUCCUUCCAUAUCUCGGGUUCUGCCAACCAACGCUUUGUCUCUGAGAAGGUUCCCUCGGGAGAGCCUGCAACUAGUCGAAAUGUUAUAAAGUGCUUUUUGAAGCAGCAGCAUAUUGGGGUAUCUACUCUGUUUUAUUAAAAAAAAUGCUAUUUUCUUACUUCUAGCUGUGCUACAGUGUACAUAAUUUGAGUAAGACCAUAGGAAAUCCACUUUAAGCUUGGUGUUGUAAAGUUAACACACGAUUAACUUACCUUUAUAAUGUUAAAAGUUUAGGUUUUGUUCCUGUCGGUUGUUUAACGACAGAAUUAUUUCUUCCCUGCUGGAUUUUUUUUUAAGAGGCCAUCACCUGAAAACAGCCUUAGUCUUCAGGGACAAGGAUCACCUCUGCAGCCACAGGACAGCCAGGGUGCCUGCUGAAUUUUCUUCCCCGCGGCUUUGUGGUAGGGGAAGGCUUGUCGAGAGAGACCUGUUGCCUCUCGUCCUUCUCCAGUCUGGGUGCUCCAGAUGUGCUGGGCUGCUCUUCCCAUCACUCAAGGUUGGCUGCAACAAAGCACAUCUGAUGGGUGGCCAGAAGGCCAGGCGGUCAACAAUGGCGUUGGGGUUGGCCUCCCCUCCUUCGCUUGAGCAGAGCAGGCCGCUUGCAAAGCAGGGGCCCUCAGAAGCCAGACCUCCUUAGUUUUGAGCGCUGAAGCCCAACCUGGAGUGGCUCCCUGCCUGUUGGACUGGGGUCUAGACUUCUGGCCCUUCUUCGGGGGGCGGGGGGGGGAGGCCCUUGGACUUUGCUCGUCGUAGGAUCCAAAUAUGACUUUCCCUCCCCCUGUUCCUGGCUUCCUGCCCCUGUCCUGGGAAGAGCAGGCAGCCUGUCCUUUCAUUGCCCCCUUCUUCUCCCCCAUUUUAAGGGUUUUUAUGUAUUACCUGCCCGGUUCCACCUUCAGGCUCCUGUGCUGCAUGUGAGAUCAGAAAAAAUAAACCUCUGUAUAGUACUUGUAUAAUACUUGCCAGCUUUUUUUUAAUAAAUGGGGUAUGUACAUGUACCAAA